UCUCAACAACUGUUGCCAGAACUGAGCUCCCUCUGUGUGAAUGUGAGCCAGCCGGAGAGCGAACAACCAAAUGAGUGUGUGUGAGAGAGUUGCUGCAUCUCUGCAUGUGUGUGAGAGAGUGAGGUAGUUGCAGUGUGUGUGAGUCGUGCUCUCACAGAGGAGCUAAGCCAGCCAGCACAGUUUUAGAGGCUCUGAAAGAGCACUCUCUCCUCUCUUCCUUUUCUCUCCCUCUUUUUCUGGACGACACUGAUUCAAAGGACUGCCAUUUGGACUAUCUAAACCCCCGGCACUUUCUGUACUGACCUGGCUUCACCUGUGUGUGUAAGACGAAAGGCAGAGGACUUAGCCCCUGGUUUGAGGGGUGCGUUGGAUGACUUCUACGGAUGAGGGCUUGGCCGGUGGAGUGUUGGGCCAGGGGGACCACCAUGGCUCCCCCCAAAUAAUGGAAGGGCGUGUUGACAAAGCCCUUGCACAUCCGGUCAUCACGUGCACGCGGGUGUCCCUUAACCCAGAGCCUGGGUGCCAUCUAUUCCCAGAGGGAGAGGAGGAAGGAGAGGUGGAGGGCAGAGAGAGGGCAGAGUUAGACAUGGACAGUGCUGUGGAGAGCAACCCAGGAUCAGAUGUCUCUGAAGGGGGGAGGAGCGGAGGAGACAAGGAGGAUGGACUGGGGGGACUUUUCUUUCCUGGAGACAAGUGCAGUCAGGCUAACCCAUCGGUGACCUCUGACCUGUCGAACGCGUUCCUCUGCUCUCUGAACGAGGAGCAGUUUGAGGUCGGAGAGGGAGAGGACGUGGACUACACUCGCAGCCCCUGCCCCGAGGACGAGACGCGCACCAACGGCUACUCUGUUGGCUCCUCUGUACCCUCCAGUGCUGGCCAGAGCCCCAGGAAGACACGCCACCUGUACAACAAUGAGAUGAUGGAUGUGUACUGUUCCCAGUGCUGUAAGAAGGUCAACCUACUCAARGACCUGGAGGCCAGGCUGAAGAACCUCAAAGCCAACAGCCCCAAUAGGAAAAUCUCCAGCACAGCCUUUGGCAGGCAGCUCCUCCACACCGAAUUGGAUAUGGCACGAGAAGCGAGUAUGACAUACAAGCUGGAGGACACCAGUCUGAGGCUGAAGGAUGAGAUGGACCUCUACAGGAAGAUGAUGGACAAGCUGAGGCAGAACAGACACGAGUUCCAGAAGGAGAGGGAGGCAUGCAGGAGAAUACGUUUGCACAUAAACCAGUCUGCCCACUGCAUCAGACUGGUCUACGUGGCUAUCCCAGGUACUCUUUAUACUAAACAGUCUUCACGACAGCUACCACAUAUCGUCCCUGGUUGUGUCCCUCUCCUGCAGUUGAUUGAGGACCUUCGUCGGGAGCUGGAGCACCUGCAGCUGUUCAAGCUGGAGACAGAGAAGCCUGGCCGCGGCCGCAGCUCCUCCUCUGGGCUGACGGAGUUCAACGCCAAGACCAGAGAGAUGGAGCUGGAGCACGAGGUCAAGAGACUCAAACAGGAGAACCUGAAACUGAGGGAACAGAACGACGACCUGAAUGGUCAGAUCCUCAGUCUGAGUCUGUAUGAGGCUAAGAACCUGUUUGCCACCCAGACCAAGGCCCAGUCGCUGGCUGCCGAGAUAGACAACGCCUCACGAGACGACUUGAUGGAGGCCCUCAAGGAGCAGGAGGAGAUCAACUUCCGUUUGCGGCAGUACAUGGACAAGAUUAUUUUGUCUAUCCUGGACCACAACCCCUCCAUCUUGGAGAUCAAGACCAACUAGAAACCACGACAGAACCCCACCGGGAAUGGGAAAGGGAAAAGAAGACUAGCCAAGGUGGGGCCUGGGACAGCUGGACAUCAUUGCCCCCUGCUGCCCCAGGAGUGGAACUGUGAACUUGGGUGUAUUCAUUGGGCACAAAACAGAAGAAAACAGACAAAUUGGGAGGUACUACCUGGACUUGUCCAAUUAGAAACACUAGUUUUUGUGUUCRGUUGCUAAACGUUUUGCUACGGUGUGGCCUAAUGAAUAUGCGACUGGAGCUAUAGGGGAUUUUCUGUGUUGACUACUAAAGUUUUGGUACUUCACCAUCAUACUUCUGUUCUAUUCUGUGACUCAUCAACAGAUGUUGGUAUCUCCCUCAUGUCUCCUUCAUGCACUUUCUUCUAUGUUCUCUAUUUUUUUCUCACAGCRUCAUCUUUAGUCUUAAACACAAUCGAGAUGAAUUAUUACUGGYAAAAAUAAUUAUACUGGGCAGGUGCUUUGAAUAUGUAGGGCAUUACUGYUUGUUGAACACUGGAUAUAUGUACUCUAGUGGUGUGUGUAGAAACAAUGUGAACACAAACCUAUUSAUCUMCAACAGCGUGUGUUGUAGCCAUAGGGGAYGAUAGGUACAGAGAGAGACUGGCAGAUAGACAAACAGAGAUCUUUAGCUUCCAGACAACCCUAUGCCCACUGUUUCCUUAAAGUUGAUCUGUGUUUGAUCGCUGAAGACCGGUAUGUGGGCAGAGGCAUGUUGAUGAAGAAAGUAAAGCAGCACGUGUUUCUGUGCGUAAGAAGAGUGACAGAAAGAGAUGAAAGGAGGGAGAGGCGAGAGAAAGUAUUGUACAAGCA